CUACUACACAAUUCUCUCUCUCUCUCUCUCUCUCUCUGCCACGUUGUGACAUUAACACUCUAUUGGUUCCUUAGAUACAAGUAUGUAGAAAUGCGGAAAUAGGAGACGAAUUUCGGAACUAUCGCGAGGCGUCUCUGCAGCAGCAAAGAUGCCACUCUUGGCUGGGUGCACUCACGAGCCCUCUCUGUUCGCGUACCCCACUGGCAUACUGUUCACCAGGUUCUGCUUGCUAACUUGUGACAAUUUAGCUGAUAUGUUAGAAAAAUACAUGAUAUAUCGUGAUAAUAUAAAGAAUUUUAUGAUAGAUUGUUUAUGUAUUUGUGUCACUGUACGUUAACUAGAGUAACGUAUAUAACAUGUUUACGGCAACAACUUGUUUCCCACACUGAACCGUGAGAACGAUGCUGAACUCAAUUUGGCUCUCACAGUGCAGUUGAUGGAGGAGGAAGAAGAGAAAAGCAUUGAUAGGGAAACCAGUCUAACUGUACGUGGAGAAAAGCAAUAGAGAAAAAAAUAUAAUACUUCAUACCUUAACAAAAUACCUAAAACGAAAGCCAAAAACAAUAGAUGAGUAGUUAUUUCUAUGAAGUAAAAUUUCUCCUCCCUUUUAUAUAAUAAUGCACACACGUAUAUGUGAGUAUCCUGGAAAGAGAAACUUGACCACGAGUAGAGGAAGGGAAAGAAAAAGACCAUCCUCCAAAAUAAACAAUAAAAAUGUGACAGUAGCGAAGCUUGCUACAUUGGGAUGGCAAUGGAGUAACUGAUGAUAAGGCAAUGACCGCAGCGAUGAAGCAAGAGUGCCCCGAAGCCCAGUGCAGUGAAGUCAGAAGCUGCCAAGCCUGUGCACUGACCAGACAAGCCUCAACUCAACACCUCGCGUCGCGCACCUCAGCAUCUCAACCAGGAAAGCUUAAUCAGAGCCCCUACCUUCCUUGACAUCAUCCUGGAGCUCCUCAGUGGGCGUUUGUACUCACACCAACACAUCAGUUCAAACUUUGUGGUCAUACGAGUAUCAUAGUGAUGGGACAGUCUGCGCAUCCCAUAGACUUCGUGCACCCGGGUGCCAGCUGCCACUCACGCUCAGGCACCAGCCAGGCCACACCACCAUCCUCAGGGUCACUCCAAGACCCUCCUACGCCCUUAGAGCCUUGCCAGGACCCACCACCACCUUCAGAGACACUCCAAGAUCCUCCGCCAGUCUUAGUGCCAUGCCAUGACCCAGUGGCACCCUCAGAGCCACUCCAGGACUCACCGCCACCCUUAGGACCAUGCCAGGACGAACCACAGCCCUCAUUGCUACUCCAGGACCCACCGUCACCCUUAGGACCAUGCCAGGACGAACCACAGCCCUCAUUGCCACUCCAGAAACCACCGCCACCCUCAGGAUCCUGCCAAGACAAACCGCCACCCUCAGAUCCACUCCAAGACUCUCUGACACCAUUAGGAACCUACCAGGACCCACCGCUACUCUCAGGGUCACUCCAGGACUCCCCGGCACUCUCAGGGUCACCCCAAGAGAGAUCAUCACGGCGUCUUCCCACCUUGAGGUACAAAGAUCCUCCAGCGCCUGUCAUCCUGCCUGCAGUUCCUUCGGUGACGAGUCCUCCGAGGCAGAUGGGUGAGAAGGACUGUCCAGGCUGCAGGGUGGGCAUCGUGCAGGAAGAGUUCACGGCGUGCGGCAUCUGUCUGGGCAUCUGUUUCUUCCCGCUGGGCCUCGUCUGCUGCCUGCUGAUGCGGGAGCGUCGCUGCAACCACUGUGGCGCCAAAUUCUCGUGAAGAAGCCAGCUGAGAGAUGAUUGCACCAUCGUCACUUAAUCAACAGAAGCAUACACACACACACACACACACACACACACACACACACACACACACACACACA